AGCUCCGUAUUCACCACUUCUUUUAGCUCGUUGUCUGCGAAUUUCGUGAUCAGACGAAUAUUAGAAUCGCCGAGUUGAAUGACGAUAAAUCGUUUCAGCGUACCGUCGAUCCACGCGAGUGAUUAAACGCGAUGUCUUACACUCGUAACCGGUGAUCACGCUCUGUCGGAAACAUGGAUGUCGUGCGGGAGAAAUGGAGCGAGGAAAACGUCCGUUGCUAUCUGACGGUGCGAAUGCUUCGGGAGAAGAUGCGUUCUCUGUAUCGCAUGUUACCGCUUCGGUAAGUCUGUACUUCUCUUUCGCAUCAGCGUGCUGCAUCAAAUCGAAUCCGCUUGAGGCCGUUCGUCUACAAACACGUUUCUCCUCGGUGGUGAAUGUAGAUGGCAUUUAGGUGGCCUUUCGAGAUAACGUUGUCCCUUUCUUCUCUCUCCGAUCGCGGAGACCUUGUAAUUCACUUUACACGGCGCUGUUGUCAGUGCUUAAAGCGCUUCAAAACAAAAUUGUGUUUGGUAACAAGUUCCCCGAAUUUUUGAGUGAAAUGAUCGAGGAGCACGACGAACGUGAAACAAUAUGCGAUUCAGUGAAUUCACUGAUUGAAGGCUGCCGUUUACCGGUCAAAAUGCACGGCACGGACGAUUGGCCACUCGCUGAGAUUAUCAGUGUCAAGGAAGUACAUGGUGUCAAGUGUUAUUACGUUCACUAUGUGGAUUUCAAUAGACGAUUAGACGAAUGGGUUAUGGAAGAUUCCUUGGAUACGAGAAAGGUCCAAUACCCACGUCGCGAUGGAACGACACCAGGAACUGGUGCGGCGACGCCAAAAAAACAAGCAGCCAGCAGGCCACCCAGUCCCAGCAGCGUCAGCAACGAACCGGUCAAUGGUUCCGCCGUGCUCCAAGCUGCUCUACAAAAGAAAAUGUGUAGAAAAAGAAAAGCUGCAUUCAUAGAAAACGAGGAUUCUCAGGAUGGUCCACCGCAAACACCGGGUCCCAGGCCCACCGGUUCUCUAGUAGCGCAUCAGAAAAUGCGAAUGAAGAACGUGGAACUAAUCGAACUGGGUCGCCAUAGAAUAAAGCCUUGGUACUUCAGCCCGUAUCCGCAGGAGUUGGUGAAUUUAUCUUGUAUAUAUAUCUGCGAGUUCUGUCUGAAAUACAGAAAGAGUCGAAAGUGCUUGGAGAGGCAUUUACUCAAAUGUAAUCUACGUCAUCCACCCGGAAACGAGAUAUAUAGGAAAGGAUCUAUAUCGUUUUUCGAAAUCGACGGACGCAAGAACAAGAAUUACGCACAAAAUCUCUGCCUACUAGCGAAGCUAUUUCUAGAUCACAAGACCCUCGACUAUGACACGGACCCCUUUUUGUUCUAUGUAAUGACGGACUUUGACAGCAGAGGAUUUCACAUAGUCGGCUACUUCUCCAAGGAGAAGGAGUCAACGGAGGAUCACAACGUAGCAUGCAUUCUUACACUGCCACCGUACCAGAGGAGAGGUUACGGCAAGCUUCUGAUAGAAUUUUCAUAUGAGCUGUCGAAAUUCGAGGGGAAGACCGGCUCGCCUGAGAAACCGUUGUCCGAUCUGGGUCUGCUUUCGUAUCGAAGCUAUUGGGCGCACACGAUACUCGAUAUCCUGCUGAACAUUAAGCCAAUGGUGGAAAAUGAGAAGCCGCAGAUAACGAUAAGCGAAAUCUGCGAAUUGACGUCGAUCAAGAAAGAGGACGUGAUAUCGACCUUGCAAAACUUGAAUCUCAUUAAUUACUACAAGGGACAAUAUAUCGUGACGUUGAAUAGGGAAAUAAUCGAUCAACACACAGCCGCGAUGGAAAAAAGACAGAUCAGGAUAGAUCCUAAGUGUUUGCAUUGGACACCGAAAGACUGGAGUGUUAGGGCUAAAUGGUGAAGUGAAGCUCCGAACUGACAAUAAGGCAAUGUUAACUUGUCUUGGAAUUACUUUCAGGAAUCCCAACGGAAAUAAUUACGAUUAACGAAGGUGUACAAAAAUUGUACAUAUUUAUGUGUUAACUCGUGACCUCGAACGGUCUAGCGUUUUAAUAAGACUGCAUUUGGCGUUGCGUGCGCUUUCAGCAAUGCUGUAGAAACUUCAUUGACGCACGCAGAUCUCGGUUGUAGAGCGCUAAGAUCAUACCGCGUGUGCUCACGCGGAUUUUACCUGAGAAGAUAUUUGCUAUAAAACAGCAUGUACCUAGAAGUCAGAUACAGUGUUUUAAUAUGGUGGUUAUAAUUUUUUUUAAUGACACGCAAGAACCACCAUUCGCCGUUACGACGAUCGUGUUUGUACAGUUACCCCUAUCGGUCUUGUAAAUUGUAAAUAAAUAUGAUUUUAUAACAUAUUUACACAAACUCCUCCGCGGCUCUUCAGGCGCAUUCAAAUUUUAUAGGAAAAAUAUUUGUAUAGGCUGAAUACACAGAGACCGCUGUUUGUAAUCCAAUUUUUAGUACACAGAGACAAGUUGAAGUGCAUCUAUCGUGUAUAUGUAAAUAUGUACAUAUCUUUUCACAUUGUUAUUUAUUGUACAUUUUCCCUGAGAUAUAAUUGACAAAUUAUAUCUCUUUCAGUAGUUAGGAAUAUUAUGAAUUGCUAGGCGAGUACGUUUGCACAUUGACGUAUUUAUGAACAUCUAACAUGAGAUAUAGAGGCCGUCGGAAAUUCUAUCUCAAAGACAACUUCUAGCUAUUGUAAAUUAAUACUUCCUGUUUUUGGGCAAAGACAGGCUUUAAUGCUAAAUGCAAAGACUAACGUUAUCCGAAAGUGUAAUUUCAAACCAUUAAAAUGAAAUAUGAAUAAUCAUUUUACUGAAUUUGUAAUAUAUCAGAAUUUCUCUGAAUGCCAUCCGGGAUUUAUUUUUCAUCUGCGAUUUUAUUGCAAGCCAACGUUAUGAAUUUUCAUGCUUUUCAUUCGAUCACGUGGUGUCAUACGCUUAACCAAGAGCAAUAAGCCAAGAACAUCUCCGAUAUAGAUGAUCAAUACUGACUACGAUUUCGUUUUAUAGUAGAAAUUAUAGUUACUAAUGUGUAAUAAAUUUCAACUCAAUUUAUCAUUUUUUUUUAAUUCUGACUAAAAUGUUGCACGCUGAAUGAUGAAAUAGUUUGAUGCAGCACG